AUUGUUAAGCUAUAAAUUUAAAACAAAAAAAAAAAACUUAAAAAGGGCUGUCUUGGAAAAUUGCCUUUUAAUUAUACUACUACUGCAUGGAUGUAAUUGGCUUCUCUAUAGAAAUAUUAUCAAAAAAUUUACUAUGAUUAUUUAAAAUUAUAGGCCAAAAUAUUAUAAAUGAGGCAGAAUCUAGUAAAACAAUAGAUAAUAAAGAGAAACCUAGCGCACAACAAAUGAUAAACAUAGAAAAAAAAACAAUGGAUGUGAAAUUACUCAAAACAGAAACCAGCAACCAAAAUUACUUAGAUAAAGAUUUGAAAAAUAGUAUAAUAUCAGACCAAGAGCCUGAUGCAAAUGAAAGUUUGUUCAAAGAUAAUUCAAAUGAAAAAGGUUUAAAUGAAAAAAAGCAGCAGAUAGGCAUACAAUACGACGAAACACCUGCUCAUAUACCAAGUAAACAAGCGAUCAUAGAGGAAAAUCCUUUAAAAUGUUCUUUAAAAGCAGAAAUUGAUAACGUGGAUGUUAAUAAUAAUGGUACAAGAUAAAUAUUCAAUAAAAUUUAGAAAUAUGUAUAUAAAAAAGUCUACGUUAUGGGUGCUUCGAAUUUUUAAAAGUGAAAUCCUUUCUCAUUUAAUGAGAAAGUAAAAGGGUUGAUGGUCUAGUUGAAUACAUACUUUUGAAAUAAUUAGUUUAUGGUGUAUUAACGAUUUAAUACCAUAUAUUAAAUGAUGACACAGUGAUUGUAGGUCUUUCAAAUCUGUACUCUAUUCGUUUUUAGGCUACUUUUCAAUUCUAAUAGCUUUCAAUGUUACCUUUUAAUAUUUUUAAGAUAAAAUACAAAAACGUAGUCACAUUUGUUCUUUUCAUUCGCAAGGUACGCGAGAUCCUAGAGGUAUUUUUAAAGCAGGAUGAUAAAAUGCACAUACCUAGAAAAUCAAAUUUUUCCGGAAGACGAUAAAUUUGAUAUUUAAUAAUUCGAAGAGGAAGUCAGAAAAGAAAAAAUACCUCUCAUUAUUUUUUGUUCCUUUACCUGCAUUUUAUUAUUCUUCUUCAGUAUACCCUCCAUAUAGUCAUGAAAAUCCUUUAUGGGUACUAAAAUAUUUAAAAGAUAUUAUAUUAAUAAAUCUUUGUUUAAACUUGAAAAUUGUGACACAUUAAUGUUACCAAAAUUUUAUUGUUUCGAUUAAAUAAUUGCAGUUUUCUGUUCUCUUCCAUUCUACAAUCAAAUUUGACAAAACA